AUACUCUCAUAGUACUAUUACUAGUUCAGUUGUGCUUCAACCAUUCGAACGUUCCACCAAGACGAAUGUUGUUGUUGAGUGAUCAUACAGAAGUGGCCUUCCUGCAAAUGUAGAGAACCGAUACCGACACAAACCUAUAAUAUAGUAUAAUAAUUAUGUCGAAUAAUACCUAGUUAUUCUGGCGGACUUACCCACUGCCGUGCUGACGACACUGGCCGCUAACGACACCGUUGGAACUACAUAAUCAUUGUAAUUUGUAGUGGAAGCCUGCGAGCCGUUUCCCGGACGCUCUGGGCAGCUAGCUGGAACCCAGCUUAAUACUUUUGUUGCGCCAGCACCGGAAGGUCAACGAGCAUGUCGACCGGGGACGAUGUUUCCGCCCAUGGCGGCGAGCCACCGGACAUGUCGGAAAGCGAACACCUGUUGCCCACAAACGGAGCGGAGCUAGUACCAGCGAAAGACUGUGACGCAAACGCCGGUCAUUGUAGCCGAGAAGACAGUGGACGUGGAGCGGGAGAAGACGACUUCUCCCGCUCCACAGGCAUGGGCGUGUUCACGAGCAGUGGAAUAAUUAUGGUAGCGAUAGUGUUCACUCUUACCAUGCCCUACGCCUUGGCGCAGACUGGACUAUUAGGUGGAGUAAUGUUCCUAGUUCUGGGACCAUUGCUUAUGCUGUACAUGAACGUCACACUGGGCAAGUGCUGGGUGAUACUGAUGGAGACCUGGCCGCAGAAAUACAGUCAACGGCGAGUGAGGAGACCGUUUCCCGAAAUCGGCAAGGAAGCGGCGGGUCGCAGCUGGGAGAUAGCCGUGCGUAUGUCUCUCGCCUUCACCAAUAUGGGCACUGGUGUAGUCAUGCUGCUCGUGGCGGCAUCCCUAUCGCAAGUCUUGGUACCGGAGCGCUUCUCUGAUCGAGCCUGGGCAUCGUUCUGGGGAGCAAUUCUGCUUGUUCCAAUCUGCGCUGGAAACAUGAUGGACUCGUGGCUGCUGCGCUACCUGGGUGCACCGAGUACGCUUCUGUCAUCAUUCGGUUUGCUGGCUGCACUGGUUAUGAGUCGGCUGUCCACAGAAAACACCGUCCACGGUCACGGUCACGGUGCGCCUUUCUUAUCGCCGACUAACUCUACUCUAUUGUAUUCAAGCGUGAAUGUAAGCAUGCUGUCUGAACACAGCCGAACAGAACCAGAGAUGGCAGGUGGUACUACGGUGUCCUUCUCGUCAGACCCGCACUUGCUCGUCAAUCGGGUGGGCCACGCGCCGAUAACGUUUGGCUCGUUCUGGCUGGGCACGUCGACGAUAAUCUUUGCGUUCGCCUCUGCCAGCCAGGUUGUGACCAUCCAGCACGACAUGAGCAAGCCGUCUCGCCUGCCCCAUGCCCUUGCCAUUGCUUAUGUCACCGCUAUACUGCUGUGCUUGGCUACUGGUGUGCUGGGUGUGGAGACAUUCGGUACUCUCUCCAAUCCCAAUAUCCUACUCAACGUCCAAUGUCAGCAAUCCCAUGCCAUACAGAUUGUAGCCAAGGCCACGGCUGUGGCCCAGAUCAUCUUCAAUCUGUUUGGUGCGUUGGCUGGGCUGAUAAUAUUCACUCAGGAAGCGGAGGAGGUGUUGGAUCUACCGCUGACCAAAAUCAACUUCCGCCACAUCUUGGUCCGCAUCUCAUCCCUACUGGUUGCCCUUGGAAUCGGUCUGGCUGUCCCAGCAUUUAAUAAGUAUGCCUCGCUGAUUGGAUCAUCCACGAUGACAAUGAACCACUUUCUAUUCCCUCCUUUCUUCUACUACCGGCUGAUGGCGGCUACUGGUAGGCCUUUGCAUCGUGCGGAGAUUGCAGUCUUCUUGAUAGUGUUUGGUUUUGGCAUAAUGUGUGGCUUAGCGGGCACAUACUCGGCAGCCCACAGCCUAAUCUCUGAGAAGCAUGCAAACCCGUGCUAGGUACGUAGGUUCGUUCUUGUGUGCCAAACUGUUACUGGUACUGGUACUCUAGUUCAAAUUUCUAUUAUUAAUUUAAUUUCAAUUGAUUUGAUAGCCAAUGGUCAAUCAGCCUCAGCCAGUCGAAGCCGGCGGCAUCUCCCCUCCAACUUCAAUGAGAACCGGCACCAACUAGUAUAGGAAACUUGAAAUCAUCCAAUAUCAAAAUUGUCCAUAGGCUCCAUCCUUUCUAAAAGCAAAUUUUAUUUCACAUUUUUUUAAUAUAAGGCUGCAGAAGUGGUAAGAAUACAACCGGUAGGUCCCUGGGUACACUGUAGUUACACUGUAGGUACAUCGAUCAUUCAAAGAUGUGCAGCUGGAUCAUUCAGAUGUCCUAGUUUGAUUCCACUUGACCACCACACAACCACUGGAAAGGUCCAACUCCACACUCUCCAACUGGUGGGUUCCCAGCCUGGGUCCUCAGUGCCCCUUUAAAUGGCAACAGUUUACGGGCUGCAGUAAAUUAUGGUUUGAAUUUCACUCUGGCUAAACAAGCGAAGGCCCGG